AUGGAGCAUGUGACGUGCUUCGUGGCUGGCAUGCUGGUGCUGGGCGCUCAAACAGUGGCGGAGGGGAGUGAACACACUGAAGCUUACAUGAGGCUGGCUAAAGAGCUGGGCCACACGUGCCAUCUCUUUUACAGCACAUCACCCACGGGGCUCAGCGGGGAGGACUAUGCAUUUGGGGAGAAGGGCAUGCGCAUGGAGGGGCGCAAGUACAAUAACCUGAGGCCCGAGGCAGUGGAGGCAUGGAUGUACCUGUGGAGGGCGACGCACGACCCCAUGUACAGGCACUGGGGGUGGGAGGUCUUCCAGGCCUUCCAAAAGCACUGCCGUGUGGAAAACGGCUUCGUGGGGCUGCUGGAUGCCUCUCAGAACCCUCCACAGAAGGACGACUUGCAGCAGAGUUUCUUUCUUGCCGAGACGCUCAAGUAUCUUUACCUCCUCUUCUCGCCCGAUGAUGUGCUGCCUCUCAACCAAUGGGUGUUCAAUACCGAGGCACACCCUCUUAAGAUCAUAGCAAGAAACGCUGAUUUCCCCCCUCAAGUGAGGAUUGAGUCUCAAACGAAGCAUGACGCGCUUCCGGACGAUGAUUAG